UGGGGAGUUUAGGAAAUUGCCUGAUAUGGGUUAUGGAAAGGACCUAGCGACGUUACAUUUAUGUCAAAUGUAAAGAUAUUUGAUCACCUUUAAGCUUCCAGAUGCCGUUGGGUAAUACCUGUCUCUGCAGAAUAAGAGACUUGAUAGCAACGGCCUUUAGCAGCCUGUUUUGGAUCAGGCUUUGGAGUGGACGCCCUUAGCUGAGGGGUCCUCUGGGCAACCAGAGACCUACGGAAGAUGGUAACGAUGGCCGCUCGGCCGGGUGGCUGGCUUGGGCCGGCGUUUGCGCUUCGGAUGUUGUUGGCGACUGUACUUCAAGCGGUGUCUGCAUUCGGGGCAGAGUUUUCGUCGGAGGCUUGCAGAGAGUUAGGCUUCUCCAGCAACUUGCUCUGCAGCUCCUGUGAUCUUCUUGGACAGUUCAACUUGCUUCCACUGGAUCCUGACUGUCGAGGAUGCUGUCAGGAAGAAGCACAAUUUGAAACUAAAAAGCUGUAUGCAGGAGCUAUUCUUGAAGUGUGUGGAUGAAAAUUGGGGAGGUUCCCUCAAGUCCAGGCUUUCGUCAGGAGUGAUAAACCCAAACUAUUCAGAGGACUGCAAAUCAAGUAUGUUCGUGGUUCAGACCCUGUACUAAAGCUUUUGGACGACAAUGGGAACAUUGCUGAAGAACUAAGCAUCCUCAAAUGGAACACAGACAGUGUAGAAGAGUUCCUGAGUGAGAAGUUGGAACGCAUAUAAAAGUUGCUUAAAUUUUGUCCUAUCCUUUUGUUACCUUUGUAUCUAAUGAAAUAUUACAGCUCCUAGAAAAUAAUUUAGUUUUGCUUCCUUCCAUUGCUCAGUCUUUGCCUGUGGGGCAUUGAACAUCUGAUUAAAAGUUGAAGUGGCAGCACAGCCCAUGAUAUCUAAGGAGUUGGCAAGCUUAACAAACCUGUUUUUUAUAAAUUUCCAUUCUCCUACAUUUGUUGAUACCACUAACAAAAUGUUUGUAUUAGACUUGUGGUUAAUUAUGCAAAUGAAAGUUUGUGAUAAUUGGUCCAGUUUUACGAACAACAGAUUUUUAAAUUAGGGAGGUUAUUAAGGGAGAUGAUUACUAUGCCUCCUGUGCUGUGUGCUCCUUGAAAGUAAUGACAGAAAACUACAAAGCAAGUAAGAUAGUCUAGCCUCCACAGAUUGCCUGCUCCUCCAAUCCGCUCAUAUUUUUGUAUUACCCAGCUUUCCUUUAAAUAGAAACGUUAUAGUUUAUAAUGAAUGCACUGCAUAAAAACUUUAUGGCUUCAUUAUUAUGAAACAGAUUCAAGAUCUACAGUAAGAGUGAAACAUUCACAAAGAUUCGCAUUAAUGAAGACUACACAGAAAACCUUUCUGAGGAUUUGUGUGGAUCUGAUAUCCGGCAAAUUUUUGUGCUUUACAUUCUUACAGAAAAGUCAAUUUAAAAAUAAAUCAUUUGUAAGACCAAAAUAUAAAUAAAAGGUUUUAAAAAUCUA